AUGAGCUGGGUGAGAUGGAGCUGCUAUGAUGCUAAUUAUGAAGAACCCCAACUUGAUAAAGACUACCCUAAGCCCUUGGAGGAGAUGACUGAAGAGCAGGAGCUUGGGUGGGAUCUCAGAACCACACAGAUCUUUAAAGCAGCCCCAGCACCUAAGACAAGUUCUUGGUUUGAGGAUCCUGUGAUCAAUGAAUUCACCAACAUGAUGAUAAAAGAAGGAAACAAAAUAGUGGCCAGAUCUCUGAUGACUGAGACUCUGGAAAUCCUCAGGAAAAAGCGAUACAAAAAGCACCAUGCAGUCAUAGCCAAGGAGUGGGAGGCCACUGAGUUUACCUCAUAUACCAUCUUCCACCAGGCCCUAGAGAACUGUCAGCCUGUCCUUGGCCUGGUCAGUACCCUUAAAGGUAGCCGUUUCUAUCGGGUCCCAGACCCACUGGGCGACAGAUGUCCAUGCUUCCUAGCCAUGAAAUGGAUGGUUCAAGAACACCAGGAGAAUAAACAAAUGCUGAUGCUAGAAAACUCAUGUAUUACUAAAGACCUUCCACAUCUAAGGCCCUGUGGUCAAGAGGAAGCAUGA